AUGGGCCAGAUGACAGGAGACCUUGGCUGGCGGCUCAGCCUGUUGCUGCUUUCCUUGCUCCUGGCCCGAGCUGGUGUCUGGGGAUUCCCAAGGCCCCCAGGGAGGCACCCCCUGAGCCUGCAGGAGCUGCAGAGGGAGUUCACCAUCAGCCUACGUCUGGCAAGGAAGCUGCUCUCCGAGGUCCAGAGCCUGGCCCACCACUUUGCCGAAUGUCAUUUGCCUGGAGUGAACCUGGACCUUCUGCCCCUGGGAGAGCAGCUCCCCAACGUUUCCCUGACCUUUGGGGCCUGGCGCCACCUCUCUGAUCCGGAACGACUCUACUUCCUUUCCAUGACACUUCGCCCCUUCCACGCCCUGCUGGGAGGGCUGGGGAGCCAGAAGGGCUGGACCAGCUCAGAAAGGAUGCAGCUGAGGGCCAUAAGUCUAGAUGUCCGGGAUCUGCAACAGCAUCUUCACUUCCAGGUGCUGGCUGCAGGAUUCAACCUCCCUGAGGAGGAGGAGGAGGAGAAGGAGGGGAAGGGGCUGCUCCCUGGGGCCCUGGGCAGCCUCUCACAGAUGUCGGCCCAGGCGUCCUGGCCCCAGCUCCUCCACAUCUACCAGUCACUGCGCUCCUUGGAGCUUGUCUUGUCUCGGGCCAUGCGGGACUUGCUGCUGCUCUCCCAGGCUGGGAAUCGCCAAGCCUUGGGGUUCCCGCUAUCCGGCUCCCAGCCCUGA